AUGGCUAGUGGACAAGGCCCGAGUAAUCGAGCACCGAGACCAGUCAGUGUUUCCAAGGAUGAAGAUUAUGCCAGACGGCUACAGGAAGAAGAAAACGCAGCAGCUUUAGAGGAGGAUGAACAAUUAGCCAGAAGAAUGCACAGACACAUAAACGUUAUGCCUGGACCUGUGAUGAGGCUGAGGGGGGAAGAGGCACACCCACCUCCAGCACCCCCUCUCAGAUCCAUGACCCCCAUAACACAACUGUUCGCAGAUUUAGUUGUCCAUGCAAGCAGCAGGGGUGGUCAAAGACAGAAUCAGACAAAUGCUUUGUCUGAGAGUGAAGAAGAUGAUUCAGACUCUGAUACAGACACCACGGUAGAGGAAAACUCCCCUAAUGCCUCCCCCGUAGUACCAGUCCCCCGGGGUCAGAGGGGGAGAGGAGGGAGGGGGACAACCACCGCCAGGAGAUCUGUUCACGGCAUGAGACCAACGGAAACUGACGUGGUGGUCACACCUGCCCCCUCUGUGACUCCCACUCGAAGAGGGGGAACACGAGGGAGAAGCCGAGGCAGAGCCCCGAGGAGAGGGAGGGGUGCAGGCAGGAUAUCAGUGACGAGGAGACAGGAUACCUCAGACACCCCCUCAGGUGCCCCACAGAUAAUGGAACCUAGUGCCCUGCCCCUGUCUAUGGCCCUGAAUCGCCCAGAGCUCCCCAGGGGAGAGACCGAGCCAGAGAUAAUGCUACUUAACGGAAGGCAGAGCAACGCCAAUGCUGAGGAUCGCUUUAUACAUAUAAUGAGGGAUCCAAUGUUGUUGAUUCUCUUCCUGAUGGGACGCAGGCCAGAGUUACUUGUUCCUGAUGAUGUGGAUCCUAAUGAUUAUGAAUCUCUAUGGGAACUGGCUGAGAGAAUUGGUGAAGUGAAGAAUCGUGGGAUGGAGGAGAAGGAAAUUAAGGCGCUGCCUGUGAAGACGUACACCUCUAAAACACAGAUCUACACCGAGGAUCACGAAGGACCAGGGUGUAGAGUGUGUCUAUCUUCAUACAAAAGUGGGGAUAAACUCUGUACUCUACCGUGUAAACAUGACUACCAUGCUGCUUGUGUCAAAGAAUGGUUGAAGAGAAAUGCAAACUGUCCAAUAUGUCGACAUGAUAUGAAACCGAGUUAAAAAGAGAAAACUUGGGUCAUUCACAGCACAAAGGGAGGACUGCAGGAUGUGAUGGUGAAUGUAUACAUUUUAUGAAAGAAGCUUUAAGUGCUUAAACUUUUAUAGUUUACAGAAAAUUCUGUAUUGAAUCUUUUUGUAGAUCCCCUUUUUUAAACGUUGUACAAUUUUUUUUUCUCCAGAUUUAAUAUUGAUUUAUUUAAAAUAUUGUCAAAAAUAAUGAAAGUAAAUCAGACAUCAUGCGAUUUUUGAUCAACAAAAUUUUAAUGUAUAAAACACUGUAGUCAUUAUUUCCUUCAAAAAUGUCCACUUUGCCAACAUUCCAAACGAAUACCUAUUUCCACCACGCCAAUGUUCAAUAUUUUUCAUCCCUAUCAGAGUAAAACUUCAUUCUCAAAAUAACACAUCUUAAUAGCUUGCCCCUUAACAAACCAUAUAUAUUUAUUAUAUGUUCAUGAUUUUAUUAAGAUAUAUAAGUUAGUCAUAAAGCCUUGUUCCCAUCUGUCAUAAUGGAUUUAAAAAAAAAAUAAGGGCCACAUGAAAUUAAAUUUAUCAUUCUUGGGCCAAUAUGUAUUUGUUUUGAGGUAGUCCCAUUGCAAUUUUUUUUAAGUUUCAAUCCAAUCGAUAUUAGUAAUGUGGAGCAAAGUGGAGGCAAUGUCACCCAAAACCUGUCUGAAGAUCUUAAAUCUGGGUCAUCUAUCUGUCCAUCUCCCUGCAUUCCCUCUGCUUCUUGCACAUACCCACAGAGAAACUGCAACUUUUACUGUUUCUAACUUGCAUUCUUUCUUCAAAAGUCACAAACACAUUAUUUUCUUGUGAAUUAAACUUUUAAUGUUUUUCCCGUUGAACUCUUUAGGCACCCAGAUCCCUAUAUACCAAAACUUUAUGAAGUUCAGAUGAAUUUCAGAACUUGCUGAUAAGGUUUUUUGACUUUCAGUCAAACAAAAAGUCAUGCAUUCGUAGCACAUAUAAACCAUGUUGCAUACUCAUUCUUUUGGUUAUGGUUGCUAUGGCAAGUGUCCAAGGUAAACUUAUGAUGCACUUUUGGUGUACAAUCAGUCAAUCACAACGUGGCUAAUCCAGCCAUGUUCCCAUUACCAGUAACUGCUUCUCAAUGGUCAGUCUCCACCAACUGUUGUAUCUGCAGUAAUCCUUCCUCAGUAGUCACUCUGUUUAGUUGCCUGUUUCCUCUUUCUCAGUAGUCAUUGUUAAAUCACCUUUCUCUUAUUCCUUACCAUUGUUCAAUCACCUGUCCCUUUCCCCCAAUUGCUAGUCUUGGUGGGAAAGCCUUCCUUCCCCCUAUUUUUUUAAAUAAAAGAUUGGCCUGAGAACCAGAGAAUUAAUUUGAUGUGACUUUAUUAAUUUCUUUCUUUCAAAAAUUCAAAAAUCAUUUAUUUUAGCUCUACUAAUCUGAAACAUAAUGUUGUGAUGGUCUUUUGAAAUGCUUUCCAUAAAGCAAUU